AUACUGAAAAUUCAUUGAACAUAAAUAUUAUUUGGGAAUAUGUCUCGAUCUGGGGCAUAUAGCUUUAGAAAACUUGACAGUGACGAACUAAGCAGCGAAAUAUACCGAUAUGAGCAUAAUCCAGGCCCGAUUCAAAACCGUAACUGCAGUACAAGUAGCGAAUAUGUCUUCUACAGCGAGAAGAACGGAGAUGACGCCAAUAGGUUGGGGGAACUCAGGGGGACCGUCAUGUAUGAUUUGUUACGAUCAUUGGCUGAAGCACAGGGAGAAACGUUGGUGUUCGACAGCCCUGAGGAAACGAAACCUCACAAACCCAUAAGGUCAACCCACAAGGGAACAUUCAGCAGUACAUUGAGCGUUGAAAACCGACUUGCCGAGGGUGAAAAGCCGUUAUUAUCACAAGUGUAUACCGAGGGGCAGAUAGGGUUAAGUAACGGAUAUACGGGGGGAUACGGGGAUAACUCAAUAGACGACCUAGGGGUGGAUAUCGAUAAUAACAUGCCUUCAUUAACAACAACCAUUCACCAAAGGGGGUCAGCGUCCGAGGUCCCCGAGUACUUAAGGGGGUCGGCCAGCAUCACCCCUGUCCAUUUCCAGGAGCGAAUAAGCGUUGGAUCCACGGAUGAUUACAUUGAACGAAAUUCUGCCAGCUUCUGUGAAAUCGUUCCCGGGAAACGGUUCGUCUCCAGCGUCAAUUUUGAACCCACUCUUACUCCAAUAGAGUUCCAAGACAAACUGUUUUGUUACGUCAACAGUAGCAGGAAACGCUUCAAAAGCGCCGUGGAGUAUGAGCCAAGAGUAAGGCCAAGGUCGUUCGCUGACAGAAUGUAUGUGUAUCCUAAACGCCCAGUUCACACAUUCGUCUCAACGCUCGACAACAACUCCAGCUUAGGACGCAAAUGGUUUAAAACCGCAGUCCAACUCCAAGCAAAAACUUUCACCACAACGAAACUGGUAAAUGUGACAUCAUUGAACUAUAAUGGAACCACAGUUAAUAGAGAUCACCACAUCAAUGACAAUGACAUUGACAAUGGAGAUAAAAUCAUUAACUUCAAAGUGAAAAAGGACAUCACCACUGACUCUAAUGGUAACACAACAUACAGAGCUGCGGUCGUUAAUGGAUACGCAAAUGGGAUCCACUAACCAACAUAUGCAAAUUAGAAACGUGAACUUAACUUAUUCAAGACAUGAUCACAAUGCAACAUAUAAAUAUCUUCAAUUACAAUUAUUUAUCAACAAACCGGCUAAUUCAGUGUGAUUUAUGAACAAAAUACUGUGAAAAGAACAUCUCAACAAAAUAUAAAGCAUUAAUGGCACUACAAUACUGCUUUGGGAUUCAGUGAAAAAACACACCACGGAGUACCAGAAAACAUAAAAAACAUAUAUUUAGCCAUAAUAGCCUUUGUGCCAGCAAACUAUUAUUAUCAGGGCCCUCAGAGCAGGGAACAUUCUUUUGGAAUUUAUAAAUUAAACACCAAUCAACAGAAUAGCAAAAUGUCUGCCUCUAAUAAGUACUAUACAUGCUAUUUGAGAUUUGAAAAUGAGAUUCUGAAUGAGAAAAGCAUACAAUUGGCAGACAAAGUGAAGUAGGCGUGUUGACAUAUAUGUAUAUUCAGACUUAAGAGAAAUUGAUGUCAAAACUAUUUUGUGACUGCUAUGCAAAAAAUAAAAUGGCUUUAAACGUUAUGUAUACCUUUACCUCACAAGGUUUGUAUCAGUAACUCACUGGU